AUGGAAACAUUGCGAGAGGCUGAGCACGGAAAUACUUUACGACAGCGGUUUGAGGACUUACGGAACCACCAGACGCUAUGUGAUGUGACGCUAGUCAGCAAUGAUGGACACAAGUUUCAGGCCCAUUAUCUCUACUUGGCAGUGAACUCGGCAUAUUUCCAGCAAGAGUUAUCCCUCGUUAGAAAGGAUUCGUUGCUGCCUUCAACAGUUUUCAUAAAUAUUGAUGCACCCGCCAGUAUUUUGAGUGUUCUCUUAGAUUUCAUAUACACUGGUGAACUUGCAGUCAGAAAAGAAAAUAUACAAGAGAUAGAAAACAUUGCCAUAAAACUGAAAUUUAAGGAUGCUGAGAGCUUACUUUUCAAAUCAAAGUACUACUCAUCUAUAACACAAAGGUGUUCAGAAGAUCUAGGAGUUUUAAAAGAAAAUCUCUCAACAGAUGUGUUUACUUCAUCUGUUGACACUGGGUGGGAUUCAGAAGAUCAUGAUGAGCAGUAUGGUCAAGAAUCAUAUACAACCGAUGAAGAAUUGUUACAAGAUACCCAUCAGGAUUGGGAUGCAUUGACAAGCUCUGAUCAGAAAAAGAAAUCCUUGCCUAUCAAAUCUAGUCCAAAGAAGAAGAAUAAUAAGCCUGAAGAAUAUGUUGAUUUCAUGGAGGAUGCUUCACCAAAGACAAUAAAGGGUCGGAAGAAGAGAACAACAAGCAGGACUGCAAAAGCUGCUGCUGCAGAAGUCCCAAAGCGUAAAUCUGCCCGAGGUUCCAAUGCUGGCAUUCCUUCUGUGUUAAACUCAGAUGUAAAUAAAAGGUCAAGUGCAAGACGAUCUGUCAGGAAUUUGUCAAAGGUUGUGCAGGGUAGUACAUCUGAACAUCUGGCUGCUCCAAGAGGACACGGCCUGUCAGACAAAGGGUGGCUACAGAACUAG